AUGGUUUGGAGGUAUGCCCAGCUCAUCACAUUUGUCCACACCAACGGCAUUUUCAGCCUCGGGCAGCUGGUCACAUUCCUCGUAGACCUGCAGCGCCUCGAAAUCGUUUAUGUUGAUACGCACGCCCUUCUCCUGCAGCUGUGCUUCGCGCUCCUGUGCAAACAAAAAAGUCAGCGUUGUUGCCGUACUCCGAUGACUUUGGGUGGCCAGCCGUUGCCCUUGGAAAGCGCCUCGUCCCUGUGCCAUGAUUCUGGUGCCGAUAGCUCGACCUCCACCAUUUCGCGCUGUCUCAACCAGGGCGUUGCUCUGGUCGCUGGCACCCUCUUUACGGCGAAUGGUCUUGACCACGACAGAAACCUGCCCUCCAGCGAGCUCCUCAUAACAAAUAUGCCUUCGCUAGGAGGCAUGAUCGUGUAG